AUGGCCACCUACGAGACUGCCGAAGACAAGUUCGUCACCAUCCACGGGAUCAAGCACGCGUACCGCCAGUUCGGGCAGACGAGUGGCACUCCGCUGUUCCUGCACGUGCACUUCCGCGGCAACAUGGACUGGUGGGACCCCGUGUUCAUCAACCGGCUGGCAGCAAAGCGACCGAUCCUGCUGGUCGACAACACGGGCGUGGGCCGCAGCGAAGGCGAAGUCGGGUUGAAGUUCGCGGAUUGGGCGCAGACCAUCAUCGACGUGGCCAAGGCGCUCAACAUCUCCAAGCUCGACGUCUUGGGGUUCUCGAUGGGCGGCUUCGUGGCGCAGCGCAUCGCGCUCCAAGAGCCCGAUCUCGUCCGCCGCCUGAUCGUGGCCGGCGCGGGACCCUCGGCGGGCGAGGGCGUCGUGGGCGGCGACCCGAAGCACUUCACCGAGGUGGCCAGCGCAACCACCCCGGAGGAGUGGAACGCGGGUCUGAUGCACACGUUCUUCUCGCCCUCGGAGAAGAAGCAGGCGAAAGCGGCCGAGUGGAUCAAGCGCAUGGAAGACGCUCGCGAGAACCGCGCGCCGCUGCUGGGCGAAGAAGGCACAAGCCGCCAAAUCGCGGCCGUGCAGCGCUGGUUCUCGGGCGAGUUCCGCGACGAGGGAGCCUACGACCAGCUCGACGCCAUCAAGGUGCCUACCUUGGUCGCCAACGGCUCCAACGACUUGCUCGUCCCCACCGAGAACAGCAUCGUGCUGUGGCGCCGUCUGACGGGCUGUGAGGCCAGUCUGCACCUGUACCCGGACUCCGGUCACGGGUUUCUCGACGAGUAUAAUGUCCAUUUUGCGCAGCUGGUCAAUGAUUUUUUGGAUGACUAA